AUGGCCGCAUCGACCAAAUCCCUCUCCUCGCUGCUUGCACAAGCCACCAUCGAAGACCACGACGAAGUGCUAAAGGCCACCAAUGCAGCCCUCAAGAAGUCAAAAGGCGACCUGGAUGCGCAACACACGAAAGCGGUAGCGUUACUGCACUUGGAUCGCUACGAGGAUGCAUUAGAGGUGUUUGAGAGUGCGCAAGAGUUGCAGGAGAAAGCGCGAUUCGAGUACGCAUAUGCGCUGUACAAAACUGGCAAUGCCGCUAAGGCUGUGGAAGUGGCCACAGCGGCAGGACCAGAUGCAGGUCGGGGGAUGAAGCACAUGCUUGCUCAGGCCGCAUACCGUUCAGAAAACUUCGCGCACGCCACCAAGAUCUACAAGGAACUCGCAGACCAAAACGUCGAAAACGAAGAGUACGACAUUCGCAUCAAUUCGGGAGCUGUGGACGCACAGCUGGAAUGGACAGGACAAGGCGAGCUUGCACAGAAGAAGCAGCCCACAAGAGAAGAUCUGGAGGUCUUCGAGACUGCCUUCAAUGCGGCAUGUGGCAGCAUAUCCCGCAAUGAGUUUGGACAGGCCCAAGUGUGUCUCAAGCGCGCGAAGGAUCUAUGCAAUGCGCUCUCGGACCUUAGCGAAGAGGAGAAGCAGGCCGAGUUGCUGCCAAUUACUGUUCAGCAAGUCUAUGUCCUGACGCAAUUGGGCAAGGUUGAUGAAGCAGAGGAAUUGGCUACUAAGAUUCCUUUCGCCGACAUCAAGGAACUCUCAACCCGUUACAUCGCCCAGGUUAACAGUAUUGCCGCUUCCAAAGAGCAUUCGAACCCGUACCUCUCCCACCGUCUCUUCCACGCAUCCCCGCAGCCUCCUGUUACCGAUCAGCAUUUCUCCUACCAGUCCAACAUUCUGCGACAGGAUGAGUACGUCAUGGCAUUGCUAUCGCAAAAGGUCGCAGGCGUUGCAUCUUCAACUGAGAAGGUCAUCUCCGCAUCUCCUGCACCCUCUUUGUCUCCUGCCGUCAACAUGGCAGCAGUAUUGAAUGCAGCAGCUCACGCCAGGAAUGCAGACACCGAGAAAGCUGCACUGAAGGAGAUUGUGCCAUUGCUAGAAAAGAGGCCGACUGAUGUGGGUCUCAUACUCACGAUAACACACUUAUACGUUAUCACAAACAACUACGCCGCCGCGACACAUCUUCUAGAAUCGUUCUUCAAGCGACUGGAACAGAGUGGCUCAGCGUCCGACUUGGACGUUCGUUUUGCACCGGGACUUAUUGCAGCACUUGUCUCGCUGUACGCACAGCAAGGUCGACCAGGCGCUUCAAAGAACGAGCUGGCCAAGGCAGCUGAAUAUUGGCGGAAGCCUCACAAGUCAAAGACGGAAGCUCCAUCGAAAUCUCUGAUGGUCGCUGCUGGUACAGCACUUCUCGAUACUCACAAUCCCGACAACGUCAAAACUGCAGGAGAGAUCUUCCAGGGCUUGUAUGAUCAAGACAACGAAGACCGGGCUUCUAUCGCUGGUCUUGUAGCCGCAUACAGCAUCACUGAUCCAUCAUCAAUACCUGCAGACCUUCUGUCGUACCUGCCAGAAGCCAACCGUCUGGUCUCCGACAUCGACGCCGUUGAGCUUGAGAAUGCAGGCGUUCCACUCGGCACCCUCACAUCAGUCAACCUUGGAGCUGAGUCGCGGAAACGUAGCCUCGCACCCACUAAGGAUGCACCUGCGAAAGCCAAGAGGUUGCGCAAGUCAAGAAUGCCAAAAGAUUACGUCGAGGGCAAGAAAGUGGACCCAGAACGAUGGCUGCCAAUGCGUGAUAGGAGCUACUACCGUCCCAAAGGUAGGAAAGGAAAGAAGAGGGCUGAAGGCCUUACCCAGGGUGGUGUCGUGGAGAACGACAAGGGCACACCGGCCGCUCAAGAGAAGAAGGGCGGUGCAGAUAAGGGAAAGAACAAGAAGAAGGGCAAAGGAGGCAAGUGGUAA